CGCGACGUUCUCUAGCUGCUCUAUCUCGUAUCUGUCGUGCCUUCAAAAACAUAGCUUUAGAUGUGCUAUCGGUCAAGCUGGAGAAUUUUAAACCGCUUUUCAUUGGCCUUCUAGGAGACCUAUGACAGGUGAUCGGAAGCUGAGACAUAUAACCACUGCGGAUUGGUCGGCCUACAAGCAAUAUACAUCUCGGGUGCAAGUUCUGGGAGACAUGAAUUCAAAUCUUUUCGGAGGCAUAGUCGUACAUGCCAUGAUAGGUUUUCUUCGCCUAACCUUCGAGGACUCAGGCGCGGAGAAGGCCCUCAUAAUCUUUAUGCAUGCAUACGUUGCCGCCCGGGUCCUAGCCUCGGGACGCUUUGUCUGCGUCUGGUAUCUAAGGAAGAAGAUUUCUGGGCGCAUAUCAUGUUUUCAGUUAUAUCAGGUCUCAGCAGAUACCACGUUUAGAAGCCGUGGAACCACAUGCGACGUCUCAAGUCAGCGAGCUCGCUCUCUAUGGACUCACGCACCUGCAGGAAGUAUCACCACCCUUGUUCAGUAACGACGCUUUAUCUUGUCCAAGUGGUCUUGUUGGCCUUCAAGUAUUGGAUAUCCGAAUUGCAGUACCUCUCACCCGCGUCGAGUCUCAAUUUCGUACCUUCAGCCUGGACAAAUUAAUUGUCCACUCGUCCGAGUUGAUCUUGGGCGGUAACCUGAUAGAAGGCUGGGUGAUUCUAUACAGACGGCUGCAGCUGGUAUCCGAGCAUCCUGAAAUUGUGCUUGCCGUCGAGCGCUCCCUGUGCAAGCUGAACGAUCGAA